GAUCAGAAGUCGGAGCCAAUUGCCCUAGUGGACCGCCGGCCGUCUGAGCUACCAGACCAUCGUUAUUGAGAAGCCCCAGCAGUGGAGUCCGUUUUCCUCCACCGGGAGGCCGCCAGUGGACCGCAUACGGAUAUUCAGUGGACCUGCUGAUUGCACCGGACGCCCGGGGAAUGCGGACCCCCACUCGGCGUGAGGCCCGUCCCCGCUACCCGACAGACCCGGCGAUGGGUCGGUCUGCCUCCCUGCCCAGUCGUGUCGCGCGCAGCCAGAUGGUGAGGACCGGACGGGGCUCCCCCCCCAAACGAAUCCGUAACCCAACAGCCGAAUCAUCUGCUCGACUUUCCUGCCAUAUCGCGCUAGCUGCUCCGGUCUGCCUACCCAUACUCCAUAAGGCUUCCCAAGGAUUUCUUAGCCGUGCUAAGCCAUGCUACUAUGGAGGCAGCUAUCGAAGCCGUCGGUUUCCAAGAGCAUUCCAGAAGGAUUGAGGGGAUUCAUGGGAAACGGAAGAGAGCGAGCAGGAUCAGGAGACCGAGACAGACCGCUCCGGUCGGCUGUCUGUCUAGCGGAAGCAGCUUGUCG